UUGUACAGUAUAUAUAUAUAUAUAGCAAAAGCAGAUUCGUACACAGUUUCCGCUUCAAAAGGCAGCAAUCUUCGUCCUCACCGUCGUCGCCACUGCUUCAGAGAAUCCACAAAAGCUAGCUAGGAAGAACGAUAUUAAUGUCGUCUUCGGUGAUUGAGUACGCUUCGCAAAGGAGUAGCAGCAGCAAGAACAACAGUGAAAGUGGAGAUGAUCCGAUCGAUUUGUUCGGCGGAGGCUGCGAUCUGAUAGCUUCCGACCUUUGGCUCACUGCUGAUGCUUUUAUGAAGGCUGCUGUCUCUCUCAAAGACCAGGUGGUGGAGAUGACUUGGGGAAGACGAGAAAGCAACGUGAGCUUGGAUUCGACGGUUUAUACUGGUCUGAUGGGGACGGCUUUUACGUGCUUGCGGUCUUACCAAGCCACGGGAAACCUCAGCGACUUGCGUUUAUGCAAUGAAAUUGUGGACGCUUGCUCCACCGCUGCUCGUACCUCCACCAGACAUACUACAUUCCUUUGCGGUAGAGGAGGUGUUUAUGCCAUCGGUGCUAUUGCUGCAAAUUACUCUGGAGAUCUAAAGAAGCGCGAUGUGUUUUUGGACUGCUUUAUGGAGAUGGCACAAGAGAGAGCCCUUCCUUCAGGACCCGAAGAAGGUGGCUUUGGGAUGUCAUACGAUCUCCUCUACGGUCGAGCAGGAUUUCUAUGGGCUGCAUUGUUCAUCAAUAAACAUUUGCAAGUUCAAGCAAUACCAAAUGAUCUUCUCAUGCCAAUUGUCGAGGCGGUUCUGGCCGGGGGCAGAGCCGGCGCUCCCGACAACACAGCCUGUCCGCAUAUGUACAGAUGGCAUGGAACUAGGUACUGGGGUGCAGCCCAUGGCCUUGCUGGAGUGAUACAUGUCCUGCUUCACUUUCCCCUGUGCGAGACAGAUACUGACGAUGUGAAAGCGACGUUGAGGUACAUGAUGCGCAACAGGUUCGCCCACACCGGAAACUAUCCGGUUAGCGAAGGGAACCCGAGGGAUACACUAGUCCAGUGGUCUCAUGGGGCUACCGGAAUAGCACUCACCCUGUGCAAGGCAGCUGAGGUACUUGUUCCAAAUGAAAGGGAGUUUCGGAGUGCAGCCAUUGAAGCAGGAGAAGUUGUGUGGCGGCGUGGCAUGGGGAAGAAGAUGGGAUUAGCUGACGGCAUUGCCGGCAAUGCCUUUGCAUUCUUGUCCCUUCUCCGCCUGACGGGAGAGGCAGUAUACGAAGAACGGGCUAAAACAUUUUCGAGCUACCUGUAUGAUACUGUCCGAAAGAGUGGUGCUGGUAAUGGGACUAACCAUAGUUUUUCUCUUUUCGAAGGUCUAGCCGGAGCUUCUUGUCUUUGGUUCGAUCUGGUGCGCCCUCAGGAAUCCCGGUUUCCCGGCUAUGAAAUCUAAAGCCAGCCGGGUAUGUCGUGAACUAAUUAAUAAGUAUUGCAGCUUUAGAGUCUCAUGGUUAAACCUGAAGAUCUCUUUGUGAUAUAUUUGCUUAGAGAGUUUUUAUUAGAGCUAAUUAUGGUGUUGGAUUAAUAUGUAGUAAUUUUAAUUUUAAAUCAGAAAUAUAUAAUAUGUAGUACUUAUUACUUA